GUCAGAAAAGCUGGCGCUCUCCACUGAGACGCGCAAACCCAGCUCUGUGGUUUAUAGAAGCAACUCCACACACCGCUAGUUCCCGCUUUUACUGGUUGUUUCUUGUUUUAGAUUAUAUGGUUUUCACCGUAGACGCUUCUAACGUUUUUCUCUUUCGUUCGCUUUAGGAAUUAUCUGUUGAUUUUCAUUGCGAUGGCACGUGUACGUAAGGUGAACGAUUAGUUUAUAUGGGGAAUGGGGAAUCAGAGCUCAUCUGAUUUCUCUCACAUGUAGGCGUUUUUACAGCGAACGACGCAUGAUAGGCUACAGAUCUUGUCUGCUUUUCUUAUCAAAUAAUCAGAUACAUCGCUUGCUCCACGGGUUUGUUCGGUCACAUUGCACCGUAACAUGAAGCUUAAACAGUAGACCUUUUUUUAGAAAAACAUCAAAUUUGGAUAUGGAGUCCGUCAAGAUGAGAGCCAAAGAGGGGAUAAAGGAAUUUGGGGCGAAGACCCUGGGACAGAUGUACAAGGUGAUGGAGAAGCGACAGGGAACUGGUGAAGUUAUCGAACUAACAGAGGACGGCAGGCCCUCUGAGGCCCAGGAGAAGAAAGCACCCCUGUGCGACUGCACGUGUUUUGGGCUGCCCCGCCGAUAUAUCAUCGCCAUCAUGAGCGGUCUAGGCUUCUGCAUCUCCUUCGGCAUCCGAUGCAAUCUGGGCGUGGCCAUCGUGGGAAUGGUCAACAAUAGCACGAUUCACAAAGAUGGGAAGAUCAUCAUCACAGAGAAAGCAAAGUUCAACUGGGACCCAGAGACAGUCGGUAUGAUCCAUGGUUCGUUUUUCUGGGGCUAUAUAGUGACGCAGAUCCCGGGAGGGUACAUAUGCUCGAGACUGGCAGCUAACAGGGUUUUUGGUCUUGCCAUUUUCCUUACCUCGACGCUCAAUAUGUUAAUCCCCUCCGCGGCACGGACCCAUUAUGGACUGGUCAUCUUUGUGAGAAUAUUGCAAGGGCUGGUGGAGGGAGUGACCUACCCAGCCUGCCAUGGGAUCUGGAGUAAGUGGGCUCCCCCUCUGGAGAGGAGUCGCCUGGCCACCACCUCCUUCUGUGGUUCCUAUGCUGGUGCUGUCAUUGCCAUGCCUCUAGCAGGGAUCCUGGUGCAGUACUCAGGCUGGUCCUCUGUGUUCUAUCUCUAUGGGUGCUUUGGGAUCUUCUGGUAUAUGUUCUGGAUCCUUGUGUCGUAUGAAAGUCCUGCUGUGCACCCUACCAUCACCCAGGAGGAACGAGUCUACAUAGAGGAGAGCAUCGGGGAGAGUGCCAAGCUCAUGGGCCCUGCUGAGAAAUUUAAGACCCCCUGGAAAAAGUUCUUCACCUCCAUGCCUGUCUAUGCAAUCAUCGUGGCCAACUUCUGCAGAAGCUGGACCUUCUACCUACUGCUUAUCAGUCAGCCGGCCUACUUUGAGGAGGUGUUUGGGUUUGAGAUAAGCAAGGUUGGCAUGGUGUCUGCCCUGCCCCACUUGGUGAUGACAAUCAUUGUGCCCAUUGGAGGGCAGUUGGCUGACUACCUACGCAGCAGGAACAUCCUAUCCACCACUACAGUCAGGAAGAUCAUGAACUGUGGAGGGUUUGGCAUGGAGGCUACGCUGCUGCUGGUAGUGGGAUUUUCCCACACCAAAGGGGUGGCUAUUUCCUUCCUGGUCCUUGCUGUGGGCUUCAGUGGAUUUGCCAUAUCAGGAUUCAACGUCAAUCACUUAGACAUUGCUCCACGCUAUGCCAGUAUCCUUAUGGGCAUAUCCAAUGGUGUGGGCACCCUGUCUGGCAUGGUAUGCCCAUUGAUCGUAGGUGCCAUGACCAAAAACAAGACUCGAGAAGAGUGGCAGUGGGUGUUCCUCAUCGCUGCUCUGGUUCACUACGGGGGAGUCAUCUUCUAUGGCAUCUUCGCCUCUGGAGAGAAGCAGCCGUGGGCCGACCCAGAGCUGACCAGCGAUGAGAAGUGUGGCUUCAUCGAUGAGGAUGAGCUGGCAGAGGAGACGGGCGACAUCACCCAGAGUUACGGUGCCCUGGGCGGCGGUCCGGCCAAAACGUACGGUGCCACUACGCAGAACGGGGGCUGGGCUGACAGCUGGGAUAAGAAGGAGGAGUUUGUCCAGGAAGAGGCAGAGGGAGGGCCGUAUGGCUACAGGCAGGACCAGGACUACUCUUAGAGACAGCAGACACAAUGACCAUCAAAACGGUAGACUUAUUUUGUAUUGUUUACCAGUUUAGACGAAACGAGUCAAAAACCAAACAAAAAAGAUAACAAUCCAUUGUUGUAUGUUUGCACAAAUUCAAAUCAUAAUUUCAAAAGAUAAAAUUUGUUCAAAAGAUGAUUUUAUUGUACAAAUAAAAUACAAAAUAUAGAGAUGUAGCACAUCAAAUUGACAGAUCUAUUUGUAAAUGUAAUAUGCAUAUAAAUUAUAGAUAUAUUUAUUUGGAGUGCAAUUGUGUGUAAGUGUGAACCAUUUCCACCUCAUCAAUCUGAGCUUCUUCAUUCUGGAGAAGCCUGUUAUGUACGAUCAGACAAGAUUUAACUGGCUUCCUGGAUCAUCAUGCCUAACUGGUUCCUAUUACAACUCCUCAUGAGCCAGCCAUUGCAGUGUAAAAGAAACAUGUCACUGUAAAAAGGGGACUUAACCAGGAAUGAGACUGUAUGUCUUAGGUUGUACAGUAUCUCUUCUGAAUGCACUGAAAGUAGUGUCCUUUCAAUGCAUAAUAUAAUUUUCUUUUUUUAUUAUGUGUUUGUAUAACUGUCUUUAACACAGAGGCAUAAGGAUACAAUAAUGUUUUGAAGAACAACAUUACACUUUCGCUAGUUGAUGUAAAAGUCUUAAGAUGCAUGAAAGAAAAUAAUGACGAAGCGUUGCUCACGUGUUUACAGUGCCGUUUUGAGAGCUUGGGACUAUAUGGUUCUAUCUGCAUUUUUUACAAAAUGGAGUUAGUGACAUAGCCUUGUUCUGUUCAAUGUUCUCUACUUAUAUACCCCAAUUCAAGUUGUUAAGUUCAAAAGAAUGCAAGAUAAAAAUAGCGGACAACAUUCAAACCAAUGAGGGUUCGGAACUUUCAUGCCAAUUAUCUGUAAUGAACACGACAGAGAGCUGGUUUCAAGCGCAGGGCGCAGCAGGUGUUUAUUGCAAAGGACCACAGUAGGAGGCAGGUAGCUGGGUCCAGGGGCAGGCAGAAGGUUAUACACAGGGGGUCCAACAAGGCAACAGU